AUGGAGAUUUCUGAGGAGGAGAGGAAGAUGGAGAGGGACAAAAGCAGGAAGACGGAGAUGGAUAAGCCAUGGCUGCCACCACUGCCAUGGCAGACAAGGAAGAAACAACUGCCACCACUGACAGCACUGCCACUGGUUCCACCGCAGCCACAGCUGCCACUGCCACCACUGCCCAAACUGCCACAGCUGCCAGCACUGGCACAGGUGCCUCAGCUGCCACAGCUGCCACCACUGCCCCAGCAGCCACCGUUACCACCAGUGCCACGGCAGCCCCCAGUACCAGCGCUGCCCUGCCCAGAGAGCCCCAGGGACACCGUGAGCCGGUGGGACACAGAGCUGGGCAGCGCAGGGCACACGGGGCCACGGGCCCGCAGCCCCUCUCCCCGGCUGCCCCCACGGCCCAAGAGCCCCGUGCCCAGGCUGCUCUUGCCCCCCAGCACGGGGGCACAGGAGGCCCCAGCCCGGCCCGCGCUCGCUGCCGGCGCCAGCUGGGAGCCUCUUCCUCUGCCUGCAACUCCCUCGGCCGCUCCUGCCAGCCAGCACAGCCAACCCGGCACGGCACCGCUGCAGCACCAGCCUGGCACAGAGCUCAGCCUCGUGUCCGACACGCAGCUGCUGCAGGAGCUGCACAGGAGGGGCCUGCUCCGUGCUGGCACAGACCUCAGCCUCAUCUCAGACACGGAGCUGCUGCAGGAGCUGCACAGGAGGCUCCUGCUCCGUGCUGGCACCACAGAGGCCCCACUCCUGGCAGCCGGCCCGCCGCUCCUGGGGGGCAUUACAAGCCAAGGACAGUCCCAGCAGGAAGAAGACAAAGAGCUGUGCCAAGGGACAGAUGGCCUUGGCAAACAAGUGUCCCAAGGGGAAGAUGUCCAGUCAGAAGGGGACUCCAAUGUCCAAGAGCUCUCCCAACUGGAAGAGGACAAUGGCGAGCCAGUGUCCCGACAGGAAGAGGACAGUGCAAAACCUUUGUCCCCACAGGAAAAAGACAAUGGCAAACCACUGUCCCCACAGGAAGAGGACAUUUUAAAACCACUGUCCCCACAGGAAGAGGGCAGUGGCAAACCACUGUCCCCAGCAGAAGAAAACCCUGUCCCGUGCGGCCCCACUGACUCGUCACAGCUGGAGCACCACGGGACUGGGAAGGAGCCGGACGUGGAGUCUCAGCUGGAGCACCCACAGGGGCGGCCCAGGAGUGGCGUGUUUGGAGGAAUGAAAAGAAUAAGGAACUGGUUCCGCAAGCCAAGAGACGAGGCAGCGGAACGGGAACACCAGAGGAGGCAGAAGUACGUGGAGAAGUGGCUGGAAGCCCAUUUGUCCUGCAAUUACAACAUCAACGAAGAGAGGAGGCAGAAGGGUGAAGAGCUGGCACGACAGAAAGCCCAGCAAAUGGAACGGGAGUACAGGGAGAAGUACGAGGGCAGAGACGACUGGAUUGAAGAGUUUUUGCUCCGCAGUCCUUACUGCCCAGUCCCCAGAAAGCCAGAGCAGGAGAGGGACAGGCCCCAAGAGCCAGCCCAGGGGGAGGAGUCCAAGAGCCAAGGACUCGCCCAAGAGAAAGCCGACCAAGAGGAACAGCUGUGCCAAGGGCCAGGGGAGAACGACCAGGCCAAGGAGCUUUCUCAAGAGCAAGACAACAGAGUCCAAGGGCUGUCCCAAGGGCACGAUGACAAACCCUUGGGCCCGGGCAGCGACGACGACCCCCUGGAGGGGCCCAGCUCUCUCUACAUCCCGAGCAAGUCCCAGCGGCCUCUCUCUUCCAAGCAACCAAAAGCAUGCACUUCUCCAUCCACCAGUGAGGAGCAGACCCCAGCAAGGUCCCGCAGCUCCUCCCAGGGCAGCCAAGUUCUGCAGGACACAGUCCAGCCCCUCAUCCACGACAUCCUGAGCAAGGCUGUGCUGGAGGUGGACACUUCAUCCAUCACUGAGUCCUACACUCCAGCAGGGUCCCGGAACCCCUCCAAGGGCAGCCAAGAUUUGUGGGACACAGCUCAGAAAUUAAUGCAGCACGUCCUGAGCAAGGCUGCGCUGGAGGUGCAGGGGUGCCCCCAGCAGCCACAGGAACAGCAGGAGCUGGGACAAAGCUCGGCUGCAGACAUGAAACCAGCAGUUGCAGCCCAGGCCGUGUCCCCAGGGGCAGGGGGCAGGGAAGCCCCCAGGGCUGUCCCCGGGAAACGUCCCUCCCUGUUGAGGCGCACGCUCCGCGCUGUGCACAGGCUGUUCCGCUGGCCCCGCAGGCCGGCACAGCCGCACCAUUAGGCCCCGCUCCAGCGCCAGGCCCGGCCCAGACAGCGCAGGGCGGGCAGCGCUUUGCCGGGACCGACAUCUCCCGCAGACCAGCACAGCACGGAACAGCACAGGCGCCACAACGAGGCCAAGAAGUGACCACAGACUGGAGGGGGAUCGAGAGCCCCAGAGACCCCCAGACCUCAGACCUGUUUCCAGAAAGGUCUGAAAGAACAGCCUGUGCGUGACAACUCGUUGGCACAGAAGACAGAAAGCCGCCUUCUGCAGGGAACCCUGUCCCUGCAAAGGUACCCCCAGCAAGCCCAGCAGCCUGGACAUCCCUCCAGCUGCAUCCACGCUGGACACUGGACUGACCCCUUGGACAGGAUGGCGGCGUCACCCAUUCUCACAGGAAGGUAGGAGACUGUGCUGAAUGUCCCCUCCAAGAGCUGUAGGAACAGUCCCUUGACAAGGUCCCAGUGUGCCAGUAUCGAAAAGUCAGUUAAAUGACGGCCUUUGGUAGUGCUGUACAAAACAGCUCCCUUUAGGGUUCCUUUCUCUGGCCUCCUGCUGUCUGGCUGGGUGUGCUUGGAGAGCACAAACCGAUGCCCUUGUUUGUGGUUUCCUUCAGCUUUGCCCCAGGUUCCCGCAGACCGAGGGCACCACUCAGUCACCCCUGACCUUCAGUGCACUUGCAGAACUCACAGGGAAGGCCAGAGCUGCCACCAAGGAGGGAAGCAGAGCCCCGUGGCUGUGGGAAGGACUGACCCUUUGCAGGCUGACAACAUGGAAGGACCCUCCCCAGCUGGGCAAGCUUUGUGCAGCCGUGCUUUCUGUUGCACUCGGGGCAGCUCUUUCCCAUCCUGUCCAGAGCAAGACAAUGCCAUGACCCGGAUGGGAGUGCAGAGCAGGUUGGGACUGACAGGACAGUCAUCCACGACCACAUCAGCCUGACAUUCCCUGAUGAUGGCAACGGGAUGAACGUGGAGCAGCUGC